UUUAAUCGGGUUAUAUUCCUGAUUUUUCUGAUUUGGCUGAACCUCUAACCGAGGCUCUUAAGGGAGGCCUUCCGGGUGCUUCCCCUCUAAAGUGGACAGCAGACAUGGCUGAGUCUUUCACUCUUCUCAAAUCCGCACUAGCCUCUCUCCUGUUAAAUGACCAAAACCGCUCCACAUUUGGACACAUGUAGGCCCGAAUGCUUACAACUGCAUGCUGGGACAGCAUAAAGGUGACAAAAGUUUUGGAAAUGUUGGAUAUUAUUCAAUUGUGAUUCCCUCUUCUAUGAAAGGACAGAUGCCGUGCUUGAUGGCGUUGGACUGUGCAGAGUGGGCACUGAAGGUCACCGAGCACAUCGUCGGCUACAACCAGACUAUUUUACAUACCCCACAUUGCUUUUUACGUUUGCUAUCUGAAACAAAGGUGAAAUCGAUCUCCAAUCAGCGACCUGCUAAGUGGGAAACUGCUCUAAUGAGUCCUCAGCUUACUGUCGUUGCAGAUAUCCGGACGAACCCUGCCUCCCUGAUGGAGAACGAAGGGAGUGCACAUGACUGUGCUGCGGUGGUUAUUUGUGACAGAGGACAUUUCGUCAGAAAUGAGACAUCUGUAUGUCAUGGACAUGUUCGUGGAUGGCAGCAGCUUUAUGAGGGGGAAACACGCUACACAGGUUGGGCGGUAGUAGAGGGGAGGACGGGCGAAGUCUUGGCUGAAGGGUCGCUACGGGGAGGAAGUGCUCAGAUCGCUGAACUGCAUGCUUUGAAAGCUGCUUUAAAUUUUACACUUAAAUUAACUGCAAGCGAAAAUAGCUCCAUUUAUGUGAAUAUUUUUACUGACAAUGCCUACAGUUAUCAUGUAGUGCGGAGUUAUGGCCCUGUCUGGAAACGUCGCGGUUAUCUGACCACCGCCGGUACGCCAAUAAGUCAUCAAACCAUUAUUAAAGAAAUUCUUGAAACAUGCGAGAAAAUUUCACCUAACAGUGCAGCGGUUUGCAAGGUUACAGGUCACAGUACUUUCAAUGAUUGGUGGGCAAAAGGAAACUCGCUAGCUGAUAAGGCUGUGAGAGAGGCGGCCAGGGGUGCAUCACUUGGAGAGGUAACUGCAAUUUUCCCUGUUCAUCCAAAUUGUGCAGGAUCAGAAACUCUAUCUAAACUGUACACAAAUGAAGAUAAUGAAAUAUGUCAAACAGGUUAGGAGCUAUUUUAAAUGAAGAAGGAAUUUAUGCUCUAAAUGAAAAGGGUGUUCCGCCUAGCGGAUAUUAAUUGAUCUAUACCACAGGAUUGCACACCAAGGGGUUCAUAAAACUAAUACUAUGUUAUAACAAACAUGGUUUUGACCAGAGGUGUUACAAACUGUGAGGGAUAGACUGUCCAGAUAUAUCCAUCAUUUACAAACAAAGCCACGAUUAUGAAGAGGUAUGAUAUCAAUUAGCCACAGUCCUCGCCUGCGAGGACCUUUUACACAUUGACAGGUAGAUUUUAUUUUUGUACCCUCUGAUCAUGGGUACACAUUAUGUGCAUUUAAGGAUGCCCAUUCAGUGCCCUCAGCAUCCAAAAUGCUGGAGACUUAAAGACUGCUGCAUUUAAUUUAACGGCUAAAAUCCUGUACAAGUAAGGGUUCAGAAAAUAGGGGAUUUAGGUCUUCCAGGUAUGAAGGUCCUUACUCAGUGUUGCUGACUACUCCAACUUCUCUCUACUCAUUGAAAUCGAGCCAGGCUUGACUCGAUGGAAGCAUCUUGCACAAGUGAAGCCCCGGUUGCAGCUUGCUUAUACUAACAAUAUCUCUCAAUGCACAAUAGAUUUUCUUUUUAUAGAUUAAGGGUACCCUUUCUAAAAUUAAGGUUGUAAUCAAUGUUUGUUUCCAACCUCUGUGAGGUGACUGAGGGUCUGACUUAUGUCAGGAGUGUAACCGUGAUUAUUCACUUGCUUCCAGAGAAUCAAAAUUAACCAAAAUUCACCAUAUCUGUUCCUUAGGUUUGUUAAUGAUACCGUUUUCACUGUGAAUUUGUCCAACAGGUGUAAACUCUAUCAGACGGAUUGCUGCUAAGGACGAACAAUGAUUAAUGAUUAAUUGUUUACUUCUCUCCAGGUUUCCAAUGCUGAGUUCCCCUGGAUCUGAUGUAUUUAUUUGUUUAUGAAAUGAUGAAAUGAAACUGAAAACCAUGAUGUUUACAUGUAACAAUUGUAAUUAAUGUGUUUUAUCUUUCUUGUUGUGUCCUUGUUGUGUGUGUGUGUCAAAAUGUUAUAUGUUUGUCGCUUCGCUUUGGCAUUAUAUGUGUGUGUGUGUUUGUGUGUGUGUUUGUGUUUGUGUUCUUUUUGUUUCCACAUAUUUCUGUUCCUACUACUCUAAAACUUAACAGGUAUGAGUGCAUGCUGAUACGGACCUAUCCUGCGUACAUUUACCACACGACUGGUUCUAAGGGUGACCCUUUGGUGUGACUUCUGCAACAGUGCAGCUCAUGGACGAUUCGGGAGAGGUUGCUGUGCUCGUAGCUGGACAUCAGUGUUUGAUCCCAAGAACUGGACGUCAUCACAUCGCACGCUAACUCUACAUCAUCUGAGAGACUUGUGCUUUAAUCUACCAGCUUAUAUAUAGAUUUACAAAUCCCUACAUCAAGAUGCCUCACAAGAUUAUUGAUCAAAAAGAUUCUUUUACUCCUAUUGCUAUCAGCAGUGAUGAAGAAAUGUAUGAAUUAGAGGUGAAGGGUAAGGAAAGAUACGAGAUGUUGAAAAAGAUCAACGAAAGUUUGGAAAUUUGCGACAUGAUACCCCAAUCUGAUAAGGACAAAUAUCUUAAGAAAUUACCCAUUAAGAAGAGAAAGUACGAUGAUAAGUUUAGAGAUGGAAAGAAGGGUAUGCUGUAGUAAGUCCUCGACCCAGCAAAAGUCCAGGUGAGGUCAGGGGUCGGAUGCUUUUAGUGCUCCUCGUCUGAUCAGCUUGGUGAAGAAUUCCUGUCAACUUUAACGUGGCUGGGGUUAAAGAGGUAUCUACAGUCUAUCUGAAAAGAUUUAUUCACUUUUUCUAUAUCUCCUUUAUGCUUACACGGUUAAGUGCUUAUCUGAAAUGUUUCAUUUACUCAUUUUUCUGCAUAUGUAUUUGUUUCUUUUGAAUAUUAUGUAUUUUAUUUUUAGGGGAAAGAAAUUUGGUUGCGAGUCUUUUGUUAAGACUCGAGUGGGGGACUGGUGUAACCAAAAUUUUGACUUCUGUCAUGUGUACAUUUGCUACGUGCUUAAAAGUACAGGACAGUCUGUUCUGAUGGCCUCAGCUGAACUUAAGACUUUAGAAGACUUCUGUAUUAAUAUAGAAAUAGAAAAACAAAAAGAUGUAGAUUUCCAUCUAGUCUCACAGAACGUAUAUGUUUUGCGCUUAUGACGCUGUUUGUCUGAGUUUUGGCUUCACAAGUCUGUAUUUUGAGUUAUUUUUGAUCCUUGUGGGUUUUUGAUAAGGGAGACAAUACAGCCAAUCUCCCGAGGUCUUUGCAACCCUGCAUAUAGCUGAGCAACACCCAAAGGCAGCAGCUAUCUGUUGAUCUUCUAAAAUGUGGAAGUGAAACUGGACUGCAAGACUCAUCUGGUAUCUUUAUAUGGACCAGAGGCAUAUGACCAAUGUCUUUCUAUCUAUUUGAGACAUGACUUCAUUUCUGGAUCACGAGACUCUUUGCUUGAAGGGACUACAUAAAGAGGUGCAAACCCCUCCUUCCUCAGCACAGACUGAGUUCAGCCUAGACCCUUCUAGCUGGACUUAGCCUUUUCUCACCUUCUUCUUUAUCUUGAUUCCGGGCUCACUUGAAUACUUCGAACUUCUCUCAGGUGGCGCUCCUCCCCCGUAAAUAGAAGAACUGCUGAAGCACCUCCAGCAGCAAAUUAUGGAGCACAUGGCCUUCCGGCAAGGGGAAACCGAACGUGAGUUCGCGGCACUCCGCAUUGCCACUGCCCAGCAAACUCUACUACCUCACCCCCAUGUCCAGGCGACGCAGUUGCUGCCGAAAAUGUCGGCGUAUGAUGACGCAGCACUGUAUCUCCAGAUAUUCGAAACCGUUGCUGCGCGGGAGGCUUUGCCCAAGGAGGAGUGGGCAUGGAUUGGGGCACCGAUCUUAACGGGAGAGGCGCAACGGGCCUACUUUGCACUGACACCGGAGCGAGAUGCUUCCUAUGAGGAGUAGAGGAAGGAGAUCCUGGGACGAGUAGUGCCCACCGAAGUACCCCGCUAUCCUGGACGACCUUGUCUGGCAGGCUACGCCAUGCACACGGAAAACAAGCCGCGGGUGGAAGUGAAAAUAAAUGGCCGCCGGUUCCUUGUCCUUCUGGACUCCGGCAGCGUGAUUAGCCUGGUCAAAACAUCUGUCCUGCCCCCGCGAGCUGAAACCAAGGUGAAGCUGCCCAUCACCUGUAUGCACGGUGACACCCGAGAAGUAUCGGUGCAACAGGUCCAGCAGCGAAACUACAACCAGGCGGCCCAACCACGGGAUUUCCAGCGAGGAGACCAUGUACUGGUUCUGGUCCCUAUGGCUGCCUGCAAAUCUUGGCCACCUGGCAGGGGCUGUACAGGUUGGGACGCGGUCGGACCUGGCCCCAGCUCUUGAACACCACGUCCGCAACCCCACUUGGGGACAUCAUCCGGGAGCAGCCUUAUCGUGUCCUGGAGGCUCGGCGACAAGCCAUCGAGGAAGAGGUACAGGAGAUGAUGAAGUAAAGGGUAAUCGAACCAUCAAGCAGCCCAUGGUCCAGCCCCAUCAUCAUGGUUCCAAAGCCCGACGGCACCUUCCACUUCUGUAACGACUUCCGCCGCCUUAAUUAAGUCUCCGAGUUCGACAGCUACCCGAUUCCCCUGGGCCAACGAGUUGGUGGACCGCUUGGGAAGGGCCCGGUUUAUUUUGACCCUCGACCUCGCCAAGGGCUACUGGCAGGUCCCCUUAACGGAACAGGCCAAACCGAAGACGGCCUUCUCAACCCCAAGUGGCCAUUGGCAGUACCGGGUCCUUCCCUUCGGCCUACAUGGGGCCCCAGCCACCUUCCAGCGACUGAUGGACGUGCUCCUGCGGCCACACCAAGCAUACACGGCUGACUACCUCAAUGAUGUCAUCAUCCACUUGGAGACUUGGGAAGACCAUCUGGAGCGGCUGCGCAAGGUACUGUUGAAACUAUGCCGGGCUGACCUGAUCGCCAACCCCCGGAAGUGUCACCUGGCCCUCGCCGAAGUGAAGUACCUGGGUUACCAGGUGGGUCGAGGCCUGAUAAGACUGCAAGAGAAGAAGGUGGCAGAUAUGCUCUCCGCACUGCGGCCUGCCUCCAAGACUCAGGUACGGGCCUUUUUGGUGUUGGUGGGUUACUACCUCUGCUAUAUCCCUAACUUUUCCUCCUUAGCUCCUCCCCUGACAGACCUGAACAGGAAGGGGCAACUGGAGAAGAUCCCUUGGACAGAUCAUUUUCCUUUCUACCACAGGGAUCAAGAUCUGAAGAACCUGGAGAUACAGAUGAUAACAGAGAACGCAGAGGCUCAGAUGAAGAUAUCUGCCCUGGAGCUGGGGGUACAAUGACAGCCAUGGUGUUAAGUCGUCUACUUCUUUGCCUCGCCACAAUAUAAUGAUCCUUAAUGGAGCUUAAUGAUCCUUUAUGGAACAAUAAACUAUGCAAAAGGUUUCAAGUCAUCAGAUCAUUUUCCUUUCUACCACAGGGAUCAAGAUCUGAAGAACCUGGAAAUACAGAUGAUAACAGAGAACGCAGUGGCUCAGAUCAAGAUAUCUGCCCUGGAGCUGGGGAUACAAUGACAGCCAUGGCGUUAAAAGUUUCUCACAGCAGAACAGAUUCAUCCGAAGAGGUUUCAGUAUCACACGUCUUUGUGCCUCUUACCUCAAUUUUUGGACAUAAAGGACAGGGAGUGGUCAGUGAAUGCAGUCCUGAGGACUUAGUGUCACUGAAGGCAAUGUUAGAAGGUAUUUCCUCAUGCUAAUAUUGAGUAAAGGCCAAAAAUGUAUCAUACUGUUGGGGAAUGUACAGUUAAAACCCAAGGACCAGAUAUGAUGAAUGAAGACCAGGAGUCAGAGAUGUGUUCAAUUAAGGAAAGAUUUACUGAAGAACAUGGUUUGCAGUUUCAUAAGCAGAAGUCAGCUUCAGUACUCUCGAUUGAGUUCGUAGGCCGCUCUGAAUACAAUUCAAAAUCAACAACAAUUAUACCCUGACAGAGGAGACUUAUUGCAUCAAUGCAUAAGUCAACAAAAUUCUGAUUGGUUUCUAAACCUAGAUAAACUUAGACAGUUUACAUAUAUGGACGUAAAUGAUUCAAACAUAUCUUCCGACAACUAUUUUGGUGAUAAGUGAUCCGAGGUCAGACACAAUACAUUUUUCCAGAGACAUAUAUCUGAUAUGCUGGACAUCGGCAGUUGAACAUUUGUCCUGGGACUGUCUGAGCUUCUCCCUGUACAGAGAGAUACUAACACACAUACACAGAGAACUUAUCAGAACUUCAAGGCUGCCUGGCCCUAGCUAGAAUUUUAUCAGUAUGGUUCAUUACACACACACUAUGAAGUCAUCAUCUUAGAGAGUAGAAGUACAGCAUAAAGCAGGAUUCUUUAAUAUCUCAUAAGCACACAAAAGGUUACACAUUUCACUCUUGCCAUAACUUGAUUAAUAGUCAAACAAAAAAUAAUGUAAUAAUAUAAUUAAUAUCAAUAUGUAGGAUAUAGCAACUCUGCAUCCACUCCUUCAGUCCCCCGUUUUAGACCAAUGUCUUUUCCUCAGGGUGUGAUCCCCUGGCAUAGUUGCAUCAAGUUGUGGACACUUGUCACAACAAGCCAUCAAGGAAUGCGUUUGCUGGUGAUCAGGUCUGAAGGAGCUCACAUUUUUGAGGCAGAUUGCUGUACUUACCUACAAUUCCCCUUUUAAUGAUGCUCUAGGCCUAUCAAGCAUCUGCUCAACUCCACUGCUAUCUCACAUAUCACACCUCCCUUCUGGGCAGGUGCCCAGUGGUGGUGACCAGUGCCCGGUUGCAUGAAACUCCUUAAGCUAAGAAAUCCCUUAGAUAUAAGGUUAAGGGUACCCUUAGUGAAACUUGGGUUGCAUGAAAAAACCCUAAGGGUUUCCUUAAGGAACUUGAGGCUGUUAUUAAGUUUUUCCCCUUAAUUAUCUAAGUGUUCCCUUAAGCGUUGCUACAAAGUCCUUAGUGACCAUUUCACCUUAAUAAAUUUAAGGGACCAAAACAGCUCCCUUAAGUCAACUUAAACACAAAAUACGAUGGCUGAUUUAGUGUUGUAACGGAUAUGCAGAUCAUCGAUUCAUGUGUUUAAUUCAGAUUUUCCAAAUGAAACCCUUUUUGCACUAAAUGCCUGGGCCUGGCGCCAGCCUGGCUGGACUUAAAUUAUUUACGAUACCCAUGCGAGCUUCAAAGGAGACCUGAAAACCCCCCCAAAUUCCUCAAACACACUGGAGACAAAGGAAACCUUUCGUAAAGUUCCUUACUUUUGUAAGUCCUUAUUAAUAUGUAUUUUUAAUGUUUGUGUAUUGCAUAAAAAUGGUUAAUCCUGGGUAAAUGGUUAUAAAGUGCUGACUUAUAAGUGGAAAUGUUCUCCUCAGCCUAACUCUUUCUCAAAUAGUCAUGUGUAUGUAACCCCCACCUUUGCAGGUCGUAAAACUUUACGACCACCCUGGACAACAGGAGAGGAGAGAAGCCAAAUCACUGGUUUCUUCUCCCCAAUGCAUUCUAUGGAAUGUAUUCAUUACCUUUUUGUUUUUAUGUUUUAUAAAUGUAUUACGUAUUCCUUUUUGGUACAUUAGAUGUUUCCCAUAUAAAUUGGGACUAUCGGGGUUUUAGCAGUGUGUGUUAAUCUUUAAUGUGUGUAAUUCUGCAUUUAAAGGUACCUUCGUGUUUCUAUCUGUUGUACUGUUUGGUGUUCUUCGAAUCGUCAUGUUGUGACCGACCCAUUUAUCUAGAGCAAAGUAAUGAAAAAUGUAUUUUAAUCUGGAAUUACGAACUUGCUAGAAUAAUCCCUGGAAAUUGGACAAGCCCUAGAUCACCAGGGGGUUGUCUCCACAGAGACAAAGGAACUUUUCCCUCCGCUUCAGAUCGCGGACGUUCAUUGGCUGUUCCCUCGAAAAAGGGGCGUGAACCAUUUCAAGCUAUAAGAAUCGACCGAACAAGGUCCGCCCUCUCUUCCUCUCUUCUUCUCGUUCUUGGUCCUCGGACACGCUGCUCUCCUGUGCGACCCUCUGCGCGGCCUCAUUUCAGCCCCCCCCUCAGCACGGGGGCUGAGAGAAAAAGCCAUUUUAAUGGCUCCUUUGGAAGCUUUCGUUUUUGUUGUUUCUUUUCUUUACUAAGUUUAUUCGACUAUUCGCCUCUCCACACAAGGAAGAAGAAUUCUGGAACAUUGUUUGUUGAACCUUUCAAAUACCGCGCGAGGACAGAACAAAGGACCACGUGCUCCACGCUCACGCCAAGAUCCAGCGCAGCGUGCACGCGCGUCACAUGGCCUCCGGCACACGCCCGCUGUUUUCAAAAGGACAAGCGCGCAAAGCUCACACGCGCGACGCCGAUCUCACGCCACGCACACUGGGCCAUGCAAGUAUCUUUCUCUAUGGAGAUUUAAAUGCUGCUUUAAAGUGUUGCUAUGAUCAGAUUGUUGUUGGCUUCCAAAAGUUACUGACUGUGAUUUCCAUACCUGAGCUCCUUAUGCGAUCUCAUUCUAUUUUCUCUCUCUCGCUCUCUCUCUCUCGCUUUCUCUCUCUCUCUCUCUCUCUCUCUCUCUCUCUCUCUUUUAUUUGGAUUCCAUUAUGUCUUGUAUAAAGCUUACUGUUUGUAGUGUCGUACGCAUAUUUACUCUGUGUGAUGUGUAGUUUGAUGUAUUACUAGUUGAUUUGUUAAAAACCCAUAUACUGACAAUUGGCUUGGACUCCACCCCACUUACAUUACGAGUCACUGAGAUGUCUGAUCUUUAGCUACAAGCUUUAAAUUUAGAAACUAAAUUUAUCAUAAGGAUAGGAUAAUGUUUUCAUGGCCAGAGAAUAUUUUUCCUUGAAUUAUAAGGCGUGAUAACUUUAUUGAAAAUUGAUAGGUCAACAGUGGUUUGCUGGACAAACCACUCUUUGAUUUGCAGUAAUUUACAGUAAGAGAUAUCACAAUAAUUGGUAUGAAGAAUGGAAUAUUGACAUAUUAAUGAGUAAGUUACAGUGCCCUGUGAUUAUUUAUUGGUAUAGGCAAUUGAGCUAUUUUUCAUAAUCAAUCAAAUUUAAUGUAACUGUCAUCUGAGAUAUAAAUUAAUCAUAUUCCUGAUUAAUUAAUCAAAUUCCCUAUAUAUCAUUUGAGUUAAUUAUUCUGUAAGACUCAUUGUUGUUACAGUGUUAAUUGAAGAGGAGGAUAUACCAAGGCGUGUAUUUAAUGAUCGUAAUAAUCCCUUGGAGACGAUGAAUGGUUGAUGAAAGGAUGAAAAUAUUAUUAUUAUUAUUAUUAUAACCACUUGCGAAAACAAUAAUUGCCUUUUCGUCCUCUUUCCAGUUUGGUUUAUGUUUUUUUUUUCUGUUAUGUUUGUACUCUCCAUAUCAAAAAUAUAUUAGUACAAUUGUGAUUUUAGUAAGGGUUUGGCUUUGUGGUUCGUUAUGUUCUGUUUACUGUUAGAGGUAGUAACUAUAGCAACCGUGGCGAUCUUUGCCGUAUGUUGUCAGAAACUACUGUGAAACGCUUAGUAUAAAUAGGUAAGGGUGACAGUUAAGAGGUUUCUUGCAACACUCUUAAUGAAAUCCCUUACCUCAGGGAUUUUUUCUCCCUCAGGGAAACCUCACUUAAGGAAUUUCAUGCAACCGGGCACAGGGUUCUAAAUUAACACCCGCCAACCCAGUUUGGCUGGUGAUGCAUGACAUGAGGCUCUGUUCUCGGUCAUCCCCCUGGCAGCACUUCCUACAUUUCCCAUGAACACUGUGCUGUAAUGCUACGUGAUGACGUUUCAUAUGCCCAUUGGCUGCACGCAGUUUGCAGUGAAACCAGCGCGAAAAAAACAUGGAAAGGAAUAGGAGCGUCCAUCAGAAAACACAAGGAAGAAAAACGAAUGGAGCCAGAGAAUGGAGCAUAGACUGAAAGAGGAGGGAGUUAGCUAUUAAAGAAAAAAAUUAAGAUUAAACUAAAUGCGGCGGUGAUUGGGACAGAUUUCUGGGGGCGAAAAGAGGAACGAAGCAGGGGAUGAGGAUAUUACGGAGCCCUGCACGUCACCUGUAGGAGAAAAAAAAUCAAUCCGUGACGACGGUUUUGCAAUCCGUCCCCUCAGUUUAUAAACCGUACUCACGAAAUCAUAAACUGUUCCCUCGGUUUAACAAAUCGUACCCACGGAUUAACAAACCGUGCCGACGAAUUCCCAAUCCGUGCGCUCAGAUUUUGUAAACCCUACCCUCGGUUUUUGAAUCCGUACCCACGAAUUCAUAUUAAUCCGUGCGCACGCUUUCGCAAUCCGUUCCCUCGGAUUUGUAAACUGACGCGCAUUUGUAGCUCCGCCCCCACCGGCAGAUUCAUUUCUGUUUAUUAAACAUUAUUUUUCAUAGUAUCCAAUGAGUCUUUGAGAGUUUAUUUUACAUUAAUCACCAAUAGGAUAAGACACAGCCGCCUGUGUUUUAUGGCCAAAAAAAUAAACGCUAAAAAGAAGAAGAAAAUAAGGGUAAAAACAAAACAAAUAAUAUUCCGGUUAUGUUUUCAUUCCUUUUCUCUCUAACUUAAUGCAAUGUUAUUUUUGGCCUCAUUAUUUAAUAAUAACAUUAACAGUGAAACUUGCAUCUAACUCAGGCAGGUGGGGUGGAUGGAGCUUAGUAUAAUAAAAUCACAAAAAUAAGUCUUCAUGCAUAUUAAGAAAGAAUUGUACACAAGCAUUUACAAAACUGUCAAAGUUUAUUUAAAAAUAAAGCAAUUCAUGAAUUAUUUUCUUGUACUCAUUUAUUUAGCCUACAAAUUAAAAUUAUAAAAAUAACUUUAUUUUUAUCAAUAAUAUAUAUUAUUAUACAGGUUAUGCAUAAGAAUCUUUUAUCCAAAACAAUUUACAACCGAGGAAAAAAUUACUCCAGAGUUAGUCACAAUGGCAGGUUUAUUGUACAAUAAUAAUCAAGUGCUAUUAUAAGAUUAUUCUUUUAUUAUUAUUAAACCUAUUCCACAUAAUAAUAUUCAAUAAAACUGUGUGUUAACUGGAGCUUGCUGCAUGAAUCCGUGAGUACGGUUUACAGAUCCGUGGGAACGGAUUGCGAAAGCAUGCGCAUGGAUUAUGAAUUUGUGGGUACGGAUUCAAAAACCGAGUGUACGGUUUACAAAAUCUGUGCGCACGGAUUGGAAAUUCGUGGGCACGAUUUGUUAAACCCAGGGAACAGUUUAUAAAUUUGUGAGUACGGUUUAUAAACUGAGGGGAUGGAUUGCAAAACCGUCGCCACGGAUUGAUUUUUUUUUCUCCUACAGGAGACGUGCGGGGCUCUAUGAUAUCGACAGAGAAACAAAGAAAAUAAAAUGUAAUACCAAAUGGCUGACGGGUCAUGAAUGGCUUGUGUUUGAUCACAAGAAUGUCGUAAUGCUUUGUCAGGAUUGCCGCAUGUAAGUUACGCGAAAGAAAAAAAACAAAACAAGCAAUUUCGUGGUGGGAACUAAUAAUUUUAAAUUUGAGUAAGUGUAUAUUUUGUUGUAUGCAUUGUACUUUAUAUGUGUUUUUCUUGCCAACAAUGUUAAUAAAAUGGUCAAAUUCAUUCAGUGGCACUCAUCAUUUGUUAUUUUUACCGAAAAAAAAAAUGGCUAGUGGAAAUUCUGAUUGGCUGGUAACUUUAGAAAGUUACCAGCCACAUUGGCUGGUGAUCAAAAAAGUUAAUUUAGAACCCUGGUGGUGACCCCCUUCCUGAGGUUGUCCCCUACUAGCCAAAAGAGUAUCUUACCUGUCAUUGAGAAAUUACCUCAUGCACAAUGGUAACUGCUCUUUCCCGUUGCAACAUCCUCAACAGUUUUCUUCCAGAAUCCAGUAUUUCCUGCAGCUUAGGAAAGGUGCACUCAAGAACCAUGAGAGCAACUGAUACCACCUACUUGUGUUAAAACAUUGAAACAGGUUAAUCAAACUAAUAUUUAAUCACUACAAUCAGUUGGAUAUCUUCAAACUAUCAUGCUGAAUUUAUUCAGUGAAUUUAUAUUUCACACCAAUUCAUUCAGUGUAUUUUUCUGUUGCCUCUGUAGCUGCAGCCAUCAAUAUUAAUAGAACACAAAAGUCCCUAGAUAUACAAGCUCAAUAUUUUACUUGUUUUUGUGUUCCAAAAUGUGUCAGAGUUCAAAAACACAGCGCAAGUAUAGGAUUUACACUCUAGGCUCUCUGGAGUAUUAGCAUUAGCAUCUGCUGUAAAGGUGGCGCAGUAGUUUGAAACUAAAAUAAAUUGAAACUGUUGACCUCAUAGACAGUAAAAGAAAUGGACACAGCGACCCCAUUGGAACUCAAUUGAGACAAAUGAAGCCCAGUUUUAGCGUUUUUUAGCACUUCCGUUUCUGACGCGCAGACUCAAAUGAAGCUUGACGACGUCAGCAACCUGUCUGACAGAUGUAAAUCUUCUAAGUAGCUGUGCGUGCAAACUGCCAUCGUUAAUCUUGCAGAGACGGCGAGCUUGAGCGGGGAGUUCUUUGGCGUGAGUGAGCAGGAGUAAGUAUUCUGAUUAAUUAUUUUGUAUAGUAUUUUAAAAUGUAACGCCAGUACGCCAUAUUAAGUCAAUUGCCUGCGAGCUUCUCCUCCUGUCUGUACGGUAAUGCGACAGAGAGUCGAGUGGUGAUGACGCAAUCGUUAGCCUAUUUUUUACAAAAACUGUUUAUACGGGGCCAUAAUGUAACAUAGAAGGUAAUGGAGCCCUUUAUAUAUUGUCGUGUAUCUUUAGAAAUAAAUAAUGGACAAACAGAGCCUUUAAACGCCUCAGAUGUAAAGUUAUUCGCUGUCAAAGUGACGCCAAAAUGAAUGGGAGUCAAUGGGAAUGCUAACGCAAGUGAAGUUCUGCUAAAAGAUGGCAGCCCCCACCUGACUUCAACUUCCGGUCGAGUUCCUUGCCCCUUGGUUGACCUGUGUAUAGCUAGCUACCAGAAUACGGUUUAAAAGCACAGCCGUUUGUAGGUGACUCUAUUGCCCUCUUGUGUAUCGGGGAAAUAUUUCUGCCAAUGCAACUGAAGAACACACGUUUUGUAGGGAACGUAUUAGCCAUGCGUUCAUGUGUAUCUUUCAACUUGGUUUUUAUGUUUUAGCUCCAGAAAGCAAAAGGUGAGCAGAAAUGAGCUUGAGAAGGAGAGAGACCAAGCCUUACAGAAACUGCAUGAUCUUGAACCUCCCCAGCAGUCUUGCUGGUCCAGCCAAAGUGAUAUCUCCUCAACCAAACUUACAACAGGACAAAUUUCCCCUGGGCUGCUAUGAUGGAACAUUCCUUGUGAGGCAGAUUGAUGUUUGUGACUCAGAUUUGGAAGACACGGAAGGGUCCAUUUGAGGAGGAGAGGGGAGCCAGCUUCUGGAGUGAUCAUUAUCCACUGUGAAAAUCCAUACUGCACUGACUUAAUAAACUUUAAUAAAUGCACCUUAAUCACCAUUUAUUAUGAAUUAUACAGUACGACUAAGAUUUUAAAAAUGAAACAAAUUUUCAUAAGCAUGUUGCCAAAUUUUCAGAUAUUAUUUAAAGAUGUUCAUGUUCCAAAACAGUCAAAAUGUCUUCUUACAUAGAAUACACAAUGGCAGUAUAAUAAAGGUCAUUAAUAUUUGAUUGAUUUGA